AAAAAAAAAGAGGGCCUCUUUCUGAUUUUUCCUUCAGCUCGGGAGCUCUCGGAUCUCUUCUUCGCACAUCGAGUAAAUUUCUUCGAUUUCUCCUUCGGAGAGAGACUAAUCGGAAUCAGAGAGUGAUCAUUCUCGGAUUUUUUUUUUUCAGGAAUUUAUUGAUCUUUACUGGUUAUGGAUUAGGAAGACUUUUCUUUGUCAUCAUCAAAGAAAGACAGAACUGACUUGUCUGUUAAGUAUUCAUUCGGUUCUACUGAACAAAUGGAGGAUGAAGGUGGGCUCGAGCUAAGAUUGGGUCUUUCUUGUGGUGGAUCAUCGGGAAAAUCUAAAUGCAAAGACCGUCCAUCUGAUACUAAACCCGAGGAAGGAAGUAGUAGUAAAGGUGGGAACAUGAAUGCUUCCGAUGCCUCAUUUAAGAAUUUCUUCCAGGCAGAUGUUCAGAAUAAAGAUCAGGACAGGAAGCAAAAACAAGAUAGUUUCUGGACCGACCUUGGAAAAUGCCCUGCUCCUGCAACUGAUAAUGCUACUGGUGUGCAUGGGAAUUUAUCUCAGUUUGGAAGGCGCCAAGAUUUAUGGGCUUCAAAUAGUAAGACAACUGAUGACGAUGAAGAGAAAUCAGGGUCAAGCAAGCGUAAAUCUCCAUUUGAAGAGGGUAACCUUCAAAAGAAGCAUGAAAGGGCCGUUGAAUAUGCUGACUCAGUUUCUAAAAGUCCAAUUGGUGUUACCAUGAAAAAUUCUCGUGUUUCAUUUACUACAGAUGAUGGUUCCACCGGUGAAAAUGAGGAUAUUGCAGAGUCAGAAGCAGAAGGCUCAAACUCCUGGUCAGUUCCACCACAUGAUGAUAGUGCCAAGUGCUCUGACAUUCCAAAGUACACUGAUAAGCAUGCUUUAAAGGACCCUGCUUUGACUGGGUCCCAAAUGCAGAAAGGAUCCUGCACCUCAGGCACUGAAUCCACCAGUGAACUCGGAAAGGGACCAUAUGGGAUGCCAAUGCAAUUUCAACCUCUAAAUGUCACGACAGUGCCUUAUCCAGUACCAGUUAAGGUACCAGCUCCUGUUAAUGCACCCAAUACAACAGGAUUCCCUUCACCUUGUGUCAUGCAACUGAUGCCCUUGCAAAUAAUGAGGCGCCCCAUGGUCCAGGCAAUGAGCGCUAGCAACCCCACAGCUUGCUUUUUGGUUAUUCACAUGUACAACUUCCAACACUUGAAAACCAAUUCUUCCUGGGCAUUUGGUUCUCAGCCUCAACUUGUGUCCUCUUUCCCUGGAAGGACUGAUGGUGCGUCUAAUUCUGUGCAUGCUGAAGAUGAUAUGAAGAUAUCUCAUGGUCCAACUUCAUCUAGAGUGGCAAGCGGUUCAGCAGCAAAUUUAACGUACAGCACAUUGGAUGCCAUGAAAGGUAGUGGUGCAAAGCAUGCUGGAGAGGCUUCCGCAUAUCAAGGUGAAUCUGAAGGAAAGGGAAACAGUAUAAUCUUUAAGCCUAAGGAGACAAAUAGUCAACAUGUUGGGGAAGGCUUUGCUCAGGAAGGUUCUGCUAUAAGACCUGGUAUCGCACCGAAUGUGAAAUUUGGAGGUUCUGGUUCUUAUCCGGAUCUUCCAUGGGUCUCAACCACAGGAUCAGGCCCGAAUGGUAAAACUAUUUCUGGCGUCACCUACAAAUACAACAAAGAUCAAAUAAAGAUUGUGUGUGCUUGCCAUGGGACUCACAUGACUCCCGAAGAGUUUGUUCAGCAUGCCAAUGCAGAUGCCCCAGUUUUAGAAAAUAACACUGGCUUAGGAACAAUUUCAAGCAGCAAUCCAGCAGCCUCAGCUCACAGUUGAUUUCAAGAGACCCAAAAAGCUGAACCAGGUAUUUCAUGAAACAUUGUUGUUCAGUAACUUGACAAAAGCAGUGCUGUGCUGUCGAAGGCAUAAAUCACCAUGAUAGUUUCUCAGAUGUUUAUUUCCUUAAAUUGUCAGUUAUUUUUCUCUUUGGCUUCAGUUUCUUCAAACACUGUGCCGAUUUAGUUUUUAUGUGGUAUUUUGACAGAUGACUGUAAGCUGCUGAAGUCAUUUUACUCCUUGUCAAAUUUUCAGUUUAUGACUCUGUAAACCACAUUACAAUCUGAGUAUCAACUAGCUAGGUUGCUUUUUAACA